AUGGAUUCUCAUCUUUGCAAAUUCUGGUGGGGAGAGACUUUGGAUCCUAAAGAUAGGAAACUGCAUCUGCUCGGGUGGGGCAUUCUGUGUGCCCCUAAGGCUGAAGGUGGUCUAGGUUUUAGAAAGGAUGAAUUAAAUAACUUAGCUAUGCUGGCUAGAAAUGCUUGGAGAAUUCUUGAAAAUCCAAAUUGUAUGCUAGCCACUGUUCUUAAAGACAAAUACUUUCCUAGAACUGAUUUCUUGAAUGUCAAGUGCACUGAUAAAUGCUCUUGGACUUUGAAGUGUUUGCAUGUUAUCAAAGAACUCAUUAAACCUUCCAUCUCCUGGAUAGUUGGGGAUGGUUAG